CUGAAGCGAACCGUCAGUUAGUGACGAGCAAAUGCCGUGAGUGGUUGAGGCAUAAUAAAACGACAAUGUGCGUUCCAGCCGCCAGCCAGCUGACAGCUAGGAGACGUCACUAGAAGGCAGACCAAUUGAAUGCCAGGGUUCAUUAAUUACACUAUGAACGCAGAUUACAGAGUCUUCACCAGAAUGAAGGAGAAAGGGGUGUCGCUGGCUGCAUUUGCAACAACUGUCCUGUUCCUGAUCCUAACAGUCAUCAUGGUGAGCGUGACACUCCAAUCUGCAUAUGCUUGGCUUGUGAUGGGUUCCACAUUGUUCCUGUUCCUCACAUUGUGCAGCUACAGUUCUUGUGAAAAGACAUACUGGCGGCGCACUAAUAUGCGUUCUGAUUCCAUCAGUACGAUAUCAGAGGGACGCGACAACAGUGAGGGGGGGGAACAUAACAGAAAUAUUUUGCCAUACUGGAUUACUGAUCUUCCACCUACUUAUGCUGCAGCAACAGUACAGCAAGGUGAGACUGUAACUGGAAGAAACAGCCCCAAUUCACCUCCACCACCAUAUUCUAUGGCAGUGGGGCUUCACUUGGGAGAGAGUAAUUCAGCAGAGGAGCAGUUGCAGCAUCAUGGUGGGAAUAUACACAUCCCUGAUGCACUCAUACUACCUCCACCAUCUCCUUCAGUGGUGUCCAGACACUUAUUCCAAGUCUGUGGUCCACCUGAACGCAUCCACUCACUACGAAUACCAAGGAGUGAUGUCAGGCUGUCACAAUCUUAUUGCAAGCAUAGUGACACACUUUCUCUUGAUGGACAUCUAGCUGAACAAAGACUGAAGAAAACAACAGCUGACAGCAGCAGUACAUGCUAAUGAAGCGGAGUGUCACAAGAAGAACAGACGUGGUGGCAAAAAAUAAACUUAAUCUUACAUUAUUAUAUGACUUAUGUUACUUUAAUAAACUGUAAAUGCAGUAAAACAAUUUUUAAUUAACUGAUGAAAAUGUUACAAAGUUAUUGCAUUGCGCAGUCCUGCAUAAGUACACCGCAUUAAUUUGCGUGGCAUCACAGUCAGCACUUCCACAUCUUUAUUCAGGAGGUAUCAUAUUCAAAUCACAUUUUCUGAAUGGGACUUCAGUGCUUUACCUCAGUAUCUGUAGGCCAGUGCUGGGAUGUACCAGUACUUUUAAGCAUCCACAACUAUGUUCCAACCUGUUCUAAUUCAUCAUUCACAAACAUUUUCUCAAUACACAUGAAAACAUAUGCAACUGAUGUCAUUACACUAUCUCAUCUCAUGCACAUUGGUUAGUCUUUGGUGACUGCAACUUUCAUACAGCUGUGUCCAUUGCACAGGGAGGUUCUUACCUUUGUCAACCGGUUCGUGGUGACUGGUGCACCACUGGUUGCAUGGCACAUAUGAAUUCUACCAAUGAUCAUUAUGCCUGAUGGCUGAUAAUGUUUGGAAUUAGGGAAGUUAUUAACUUUGUGGACCGCUUGAUGGCAUUAUGUUUCAUGGUGAGCAGUGAGGUUCAUGCCUUGAAAUUUGUUAUGAUUUAUCAGCAAUGGGCGGCAGUUGUCAGUUCCAUGAGCCAUUUGUUCUCAGUUACAAUUAGUGAGCACUGUGUUCCGUCACAGUGUGGUAUACUUUAGAGCAACGUGUAUUCCUGUAUGACAUGUGAAAUACAGAUCUGCUAGAAUGUGUCAGUGAAAAUUUCAUGAUGAAAGAGUUCCCAGCAGACAAACAGUCCACAAUCUGGUAAAUAAACUUAAGAGUUUAAGUGCAGUGUGAUUACUGAGGAAACGUUAGAUGACAUACUGUAGGAGCCAGACUUGAACACAUGCCUAGAAAAUCACUGAAAUGUCUAGCUCAAGAGAAUAAAGUGUCAAAGUCUAGUGCAAGAAAGACAACACAACUGCUGAAGCUUAGACAAUAUAGAACAACAGUAAUCCAUGCCUUUAAGCUGUGCGAUCCAGCUAGCAGGAUUCAUUUUUGUGGUUGAUUUCUACAGUCUGUUGUCAAAGGUGAGAUCAAUCUGCAAUUUACAGGGACAGCAUUUUCAACACCUUCUGUGAUCUAUGAAUUGUAACUCUUUCAUUCUGAAUGUCUUCGGCCAACAGGCAUAUUGAUUCUUCGGCAAAAUUUGCACGUGCCUUGCAGCUGGUGGUCCACCAGUUACUGUGAAGCACAGAGCUAUGAACUGGUCAAUAAGGGUAAGAACCUCCCUGUAUAAGAUUGGAAUAGUUGUAUUAAAAUUUUGAACAAAGCUGUUCAGUCGGCAUAGAAAUGUAGUUCUUAAGUGUUCAAAAGACACAGGAGACACAAUAACAUUGCACUGGCCAGUAAAAGCAUUUAGUGUGAGUUACAUAUGGCAACUCAGCUUGACUUUGCAGUAUUCUUACUUCCUUACUGAAGAGGGGCAAGUGAGAUUCUUGAAGCUGUGGAAACAAAUGCAGCAUUCUGACACCUACUGCAGGUUGUAGGUCCAUUGAUUCUGCCAUACAAGACAGAUUCUAUUCCUGUGAAGGAAUCAUGGGGGAACAAGAUUACCAGGACUCCUUGUUUUCACUAUGGACAAACAGUGAUGUCAUGUAUUGGCUGACUGGUCUUGAACUCAAGAUGUUUUGCAACAAAAGGCAAGGACCAUACUUAGGGAUGAACCCAAGACUGGUCAAGUAGUUAUGUGGCUGACUCUCAUUUUGGAGGUAUUUAGUAUGAAACUUGACCGAAGUGCCAGUUAUCCUUAAUUAGUGAGAUUUCUUACAGUUCUUCCCGGUAAACAGGUAUAUCACAUUCAGAUGGACAUGAAAGCAUGAAACUACUAUGACCCUGUACUUAAGUAAUUAAACACCAUGCGAUGCAGACGUACAUGGGGAGUGCAAGUAUAAUUACACCAUUCUUAACUGCAGCACAGAUCGAGGUAAGUAGUCUGCUUCACCUCUUCUGCAUUAUCUCCGGGAAACAGACCCUGUACCCUCUGCAUAGGAGGCUGGGUAGGUUUCAACACCCAUAUGAAUGCUAUAUAGAAGAGAAUUUGAACCAAUGAUUCCUCAGGUAUCCAACCUGUAAACUAAUUGCUAUACCAACUGUGCUAUCCCACAUCUGAACGUAACAGGCACUUUGCUACAUUCAUUCUGAGGCAUCCCUAAAAAAGUAGGGCAUUUAUUAUGCUUUUAAUACAAAAAAAACUAAUAUAAGGAAAAUAUUCAGGACAAAAUCACAUAAAUAUGGUUCACAAUAUGAAAUAAGACUUACAAGACAAUUCAUGAACACAAUCAUUAUUUUCCUUAAUUUAUUUCAUCACUUCCAACACUCGGAACAUGCUCUUCCCUGGCACAAACUGAAAGUGUAAACAAUAUCCUACUAGAAUCAAUGAAUUCCAGUCAGACUUACUUCACAGCUAUAGAACAUAUCAGGAAAGAAAAAAA